AUGUGCAUGCGUUGCCUCUAUUCACGACUGACCGGUGCGGCAUCCCUGACCGGCGCCAGAGACGUGGCGAAAGCCAAUCGAAGGUUCGUGUCCCUGGAGCUCAUUAAGCAACGUUCGGAAGACUCCACACUGCCAAGCCUGUCCAGUAUACCGAGGUUAGAAGGGGACACGGGCGAGGAGCUGUUGAAGACAAACGCGGGUCGGCCGCUGCGGGUGCCGCCGAGGCCGUCGCCGCCCCGAGGCGGCGGUGGCGGUAGCGGUAGCGGUGGCGGACGCAGGCCUACGCCGCCACGCCCCCAACCCGCCACGGUUCGAGACUCGGGAGCAACUACCAGCGCCAGCACCGGCAGCAGCAAUGGCAGUGGAAGAAGCGUC